GGGGAGGCGAGAUGGGCGGAGGAGAGGCCCGGCCCCACCCGGGAGGCGGGCAGAGACGUGCCGGGGGCCAGAAGGGGCCGGAAGGGGGUGGCUGCCUCCCCGGCCCCGCCCCGGUGCCGCCUGCCCGCGGGGUCCGUUGGCUGUGGCUGCAGCUGAGGCUGUGGCGGCCGUGGCCGCGCGGCGGGCGUAAGAUGGCGACAGCCGUGGCGGGAUCCCUGGGCCUGCUGUGGGGCUGGCUGUGGAGCGAACGCUUCUGGCUACCCCAGAACGUGAGCUGGGCCGACCUCGAGGGGCCGGGCGACGGCUACGGCUACCCGCGGGCCCGGCACAUCCUCUCGGUGUUCCCGCUGGCGGCGGGCGUGUUCUCCGUGAGGCUGCUCUUCGAGCGGUUUAUUGCCAAACCCUGUGCACUCCAUGUUGGCAUCCAGGGCAGUGGUCCUUAUCAGGCUCAGACCCAUGCCAUCCUUGAAAAGGUGUUCAUAUCUGUUACCAAGUAUCCUGAUGAGAAAAGGCUAGAGGGCCUGUCAAAGCAACUGGACUGGGAUGUCCGAAAAAUCCAGUGCUGGUUUCGCCACCGGAGGAAUCAGGACAAGCCCCCAACGCUCACUAAAUUCUGUGAAAGCAUGUGGAGAUUCACUUUUUAUUUAUGUAUAUUCUGCUACGGAAUUAGAUUUCUCUGGUCGGCACCUUGGUUCUGGGAUACCCGACAGUGCUGGGAUAGCUACCCAUACCAGCCUCUAACAAGUGGGCUUUAUUACUAUUACAUCAUGGAAUUGGCUUUCUAUUGGUCUCUUAUGUUUUCUCAGUUUACAGACAUUAAAAGAAAGGACUUCCUAAUCAUGUUUGUGCAUCACUUGGCCACCAUUGGGCUUAUCACCUUCUCCUACAUCAACAACAUGGUCCGGGUGGGAACUCUGGUCCUGUGUCUACACGAUGCCUCAGACUUCUUGCUGGAAGCAGCCAAGCUGGCCAAUUAUGCCAAAUAUCAGCGUCUCUGUGACACCCUUUUUGUGAUCUUCAGUGCUGUGUUUGUGGUUACUCGUCUAGGAAUCUAUCCAUUCUGGAUUCUGAACACGACCCUCUUUGAGAGUUGGGAGAUAAUCGGGCCCUAUGCCUCCUGGUGGCUCUUCAAUGGCCUUCUCCUGAUCCUACAGGUUCUGCAUGUCAUCUGGUCCUACCUAAUUGCACGAAUUGCUUUCAAAGCUUUGAUCAGAGGAAAGGUGGCCUAUCCAGGAAGGAUUAGACCCAGACUCUGUACUCCCCACUCUUUUCUCACCUUCUUCCUUUUUUCUGUGCCUGGUGGGACCUGGACAGUUUCAUCUCUUGCAUGUGUCUAAGGAUGAUCGCAGUGAUGUGGAGAGCAGUUCAGAAGAAGAAGAUGUGACCACCAGCACAAAAAGCCCCUGUGGCCACAGCUCCAGCAAUGGUGCCAAUCGGGUGAAUGGUCACAUGGGAGGCAGCUACUGGGCUGAAGAAUAAGGUAGUUGGUAUGGGGACUUCAGCCCACAUGGACUUGUAGGGCCACUGGCAAACUACUCUUGGGCCUCCCCACAUCUGCACUCUUAUGACUUGGGGGUCUGCGAGGCACUGAGGAGAAUCAAAGAAGCAAAUAUUUUCACUUUUUAAAAAAAAACUCUUCCAUUUCAUAUUUAAUAGCCUCCCAGUUCUUUCAGUAAUGUUAUUUGCUCUGUGUGUUUUUGUGUGUUUAUGCGUGUGCAUGUGCAUUUAUGCAUAUGCAUGAGUUUCAUUGCUUGGGUUGGGGCACAAUUCUGGACUGGGGCCACUAGGCCUUGCCUGGUCCCCUUUGAACCCACCUCAAUCCCAGAUUUGGCUGCAUCUUUAAUUAUGCUGGUUCUGGACUGUCCCCUCCCCUGUUGCCCAUGGCUCUGAAGGCUCUGGCCAUCAAUGGAACAGCCAAGUUCAGCUCCAGUUCUGCACUGUUCCUCCUCCGGAGCUGGAAUAUUUCACAUGAAGUUGUAUAGAAAGAGACAACCAUGGAUGGAUGGCCAGGAUUGCUGUGGCCCCCAGCUAGAUUACCGUCCUACCACCUGGUAGUGACAGGGACAGCUGCUGAUACCCUGCUAUUUACUCAAUGGUACACAGGGAGUUGGGGGUGGGAAGGGGUAAGCUUGAGGGCUGGAGGACAACAGCCACUGGGUGAGCUGUUAACGGUUUAUACUAUUGUUUACUCUUCUGUGAUUAAAAGUUCUUCAGCCCUCC